GGCAGUUGCAGUCGGUCGCAGUCGAUGUUGAGUGCCCGACACAAACCCGAACAACAGCCGAUCUGGCCAGAGAGCAAUAUCACGUGCCUUCAUCGUGAUGCCGACGUGACUGUCGACGGCCCGCGUUGAUCUGGUUGUCGGUUCGCUGCCGCCGGAUCAACCCAGAUCAACCCAGAUCAGCCCAGAUCAACCCAGAUGCGCCCAAAUCUGCUCGCCGUUCUUCAAAGGACACAACCACGGGCGAUGCUCCGCUUCGUCCGCCCGGCCAUUUCGAUCAGCAGGCUGUUGUCAACGCGGCCAGGCGGAGCAAGGCCUCCAACGAUCGUCCAGGGCUCGAGCCCAGCAUCCCCAGGCGUCGCCGAAAUGGCCAGAUACCGUCAUCGCGAGGUGAUCUACACAGGGCCGCAGCUCUCGAUGAUCAAGUCGCUGGUGUGGCCGACGCUGGCCAUCACUCUCUCCUCGCCGGUCAUUGCGCUUUACAAGUUUGACGGCAUCCUUGAUAGCCCAUGGACGCUUGCAAAACUUGGCAUCGCCAUGACGCUCCCACCUCUGGCCAUCUGGGCUGUGACCCGGAACUAUGUCCGGCACAUCUUCCAGUACGCCGUUUCCCCCAAACACCUGGUGGUUCCGCCUCCUUCGUCACCCGAACAGCUGUCAAUCGGAUCGGCCCCGGUCGCCGAUAUGGUCUUGGCCUUUGAAAAGUCGCAGCAUCUGUUUGGCAAGAAGGAAUACCUCGUUCGAGUCUCGGAUCUGCGGCACCACCGCACCAAGCUGGUUCCGUUGGGUGUUUUGGCCUCGCAAUCGACCCGGGAGAAGUUUCGAGUUGACCCGGACCUAUUCCAAGCACACCCGACCUUGAAUCUCGUCUGGCACCAGAUUUCGCUCCAAACGCCAGGGCAUACCGAUGCCGAGGCAACGACCGACAGCAAGCCCAAGACGCAAUAAAGCAAUCCGCUACGCUUGCCAGGCACCUGGGCAGCCGGCCAAGCCAUUUGUUGUCGAUCAGCA